UGACCUUGACGGCGACGACCUUCGCCGUGACCCCCGUCUGAAAGGUCACGGUGGCCGCUUUAUGCAGGUCGUGGGUGCUGUACUGGAGAACAUCGACAAUGCUGACACUGCGAUACGUCCGCUACUGUUCCAGCUGGGAGAGAGACACGCCUACUAUGACGGCUUCAAACCCGAAUACUUCGAACAAUAUAAGAAGGGUAUGAUGUACAUGUGCGAGCAGAACUUUGGAGACAAGCUCACGCCCAAGCUGCGAGAUCUCUGGACGAAGGUGUUUAACUUCAUCAUAGACUCAGUGAGGGACGGCUGUGUGGAAGCGCUUCGACACAGAGAAGACGACAGACAGUACUCCGUCGCUAGGGACGCCCAGGUGACGCGUGGCACCAUCUAG